AUGAAGGAGUUCAACAACAAGCCACCAGCGCCAGGAGCCAAGCUCAUUGGAUACGUCGACGACCUCCAAGUGAAUCUUCCACCAGGUUUGGCUAGAAACAUUCAGGCCAUCGCCACCGUAACCAACUGGAUCCAAGACCACCUGCUGCAAAAAGGCAUUGAGCUCAGCCUCCCGAAAUCGAGAGUCCUUUUCCCAGAAGGAUUAUUCUUCUCCUCUUUGUCAAACGACGAACAGCGAGAUUUGACGAAAACGGGUCUCUCGGUUGCUGAAGGUGGUAUGGCCAUUGUUGGAGUCCCAGUAGGGACAGAGUGCUUCCAGAGGAGUUUCGUCACCAACUUCGCCCGCGGUAACCCUGCUGAGUUGAUACGCCGCCUUUCCACACUUGACGACCCGCAAGCGAGCUACCAACUGCUACGUUUGUCUGGCGUUCCACGCUUGUUUCAUCUGCUGAGAACGAUUGCACCGAGCAUUACCAACACUGCCGCAAGAGAACAUGACAACCUGAUGAUAUGGGCAGUAAGCAAGAUCGUUCUCGGCAAAAUGGCAAACACUGUGGGAAUUCCAACCGUGGAAGAGGUACGCGCAAACCCAGAGAAGAGUGAGGUCGACUUCUUCAAAGAUUCAGCUCGGGCACAGGUGCACCUGCCCAUACGUGAAGGGGGGCUUGGAAUUACGAGCAGUGGGGACUUGGAAUUACGAGCAGUGUUCUCAUUCGAGAAUCGGCUUUUGUGGCAGGGCAAGGGCUUUCGAUGGAUGAACGGAUGCUACCUGACCUUUAUCGAGAAUCGAUCGGUCGUGUACUGGGGAGUCACGACCGAACUGACUACGAUCCAGGCAGACUUUGCAGCGUAGGUGCAUUGUCACCGUGUAUGGAACGGUUGAGCCGACCCCAUUCCCUGGUCUGCGCGAAGACCGGCGCCUCAACCUUCCUGCACAAUAGGAUGGUUCGCGUGCUGUUAAAGACAUUACGCGAAUGCCACAUGCCAAUCGCUGUUGAAGACUCUUCCCCAUUUACUACAGGCACUGGUAGGGGAAGAGGGCUCUACAAGAUGGAUUUAGUGAUCCCCCCAGGAUUAC